CUCGAUAAUAUCACUGCUGCCGUGCCGUAUGCUAUCGGCUGGACAUAUACCUCACCAUGUCGGCUGUAUAAUAUCUCAGAGAUAUCUCGUGAGACGCGCUUUCCAUGCCUGCGCGACGCAACUAUCCGUCAAGUCCGACGCGACCAAGGACAGCUCGUCCCAAAGCGCAUCUCCAGCAAGCAAGCCUCGACGGACAAGGAAGAAAUAUGAAGAGCUGCCUACACGGCUCGUCCUACCAGAUGGAACGCUUGCUCCUCCUUUGCCUCCUUGGAACGGUGAACCGGAUGAGUUACCGCUGCCGAAGUUAGCAAUUGCAGAAUCGGGGCCAGUAGAUAAACCGAAACGAAAACGGAAGCGCAAAAUCGUCAGCACGGAGGAAGCAGACCAGCCUACCGAGCGCAUAGAGCCUCGUAAUCAACUCGCCAUGGAGAUUCUGGAGAACCGGGCAAGGUUUCCCCAUUGCAUUCUUUUGACUCGAGUCGGUUCCUUCUACGAGUCGUACUUCGAACAAGCAGCGGAAGUCGCGCGUCUCCUCAACAUCAAGCUCACGACGCGCAAAUGGGGCGGGCAGACUAUCCUCAUGUGCGGCUUCCCGCUCAUGCACCUCGACAAGUACCUGAAAGUGCUCGUGCAGAAGAACCACCGCUUCGUGGCUAUGUGCGAGGAGUUCCCCCUCCCCAAGCCCCUCAACGGCAGAGCGUUCGACAGACGCGUCGUACGCGUCGUCACUCCUGGAACGCUCAUCGAUGAGCCGUUCCUGAACCAGUACGAGAACAGCUUCCUGCUCGCAAUCGGAUACCCCUCUCCGGACGGCAGCUCUCAGAACGAGGACGGAGAACGUACUUCGCUUGGGCUCGCGUGGAUGGACGUCUCUACGGGAGAGUUUUACACGAAACAAAGCACAUUGGAGACAGUGCGCGACGAUCUAGCGCGUAUCGGCCCAAAAGAGGUGGUCCUCGACAAGCUGCUGGAGCCGCAGCCGGACGAACGCCUGCACAGGUUGAUACGUGAGGAGGGUUAUUUCCUGUCCUUCGCUUCCGUCGCCGCGCGCUCUGCCGAUGAUACCCCGUUACCCCCACUUGAGUCAGGUAUGAGCGAUGCCGUCGCAGACGACCUCGAUACGCCUGCUCCUCUCGUAAGUGGCGACGCGCAAGAAACGGCUGCCAUCAACCUCCUCACCUCUUUCCUUUCCGCUCACCUGAUGGAACACAUGCCCCGCCUUUCUUCUCCUAGCAGAGAAGUCGGAGAAGGAAGGAUGCAAAUUGAUUCGCAUACCAUCAAAGCCCUCGAGAUUCGGGAAGGGAUGCGCGAAGGCGGUGCGGUGGGCAGUCUGCUCAGCGUCGUAAAGAGGACCGUGACGAGUAGCGGGACGCGUUUGUUGGCACGCUGGCUCUGCUCACCCAGCACGUCUCUCCACGAAAUCAACGCUCGUCAAUCGCUCGUAGCUUUCUUCCACUCGCGCCCGCACCUGCGUGCCGACCUUGUCGAAGCCCUCCAGCGCGUCGAGGACACCACGCGCAUAGUACAAAAGUUCCUGUCCGGCCGCGGCGACUUUGUCGACCUCGUCGCCGUAAGUGCCACCAUCGGCAUAUGGUCCUCCAUCAAGGAUCGCUUGGAGCUGGAGAAGAAGAUGGAUGCCCACGAAGAGGUCCCAGGCAGGUCCGACGACUGGACCAGCUUGGACAUCCUCCUGUCAAGAUUCACCGAGUUGCGCGACUUGGCGUCUCGGAUAGACCGUGCUUUGCGUGGGCGAGAGGUCGAGCCCAUGCGUGAAGACGAAGGCGCGGAUGCGGAGGAGCAAGACGGCGAGUCUAUGCUCCAGGCAGGCGCCGAUGACGGCGCGAUGCUCAACGACGAUAUUGUUCACGGCGUCGGGGUUAAAUGGACGAUACGGCCCGAAUUUUCCGACGAGCUAGCCAAGUUGCACCGUAAACUGCAAGAUCUCUACGCGGAGCGCGAGGCUCUGCAGCGAAGACUACAGCUCCAAUACGAUGCACCGUCGUUGACUCUACGCGCUUCGCGGAGCCACGGUCUUCACGUCCAUCUGGCCAAAGGAAAGCGGGACAAGGCUAAGUUGCAGGCAUCCCCGUCUUUCAUUCUCAUUUCCGAAAGCGGUUCGACCGCCAGCUACUUCUUGCAGGAAUGGUCGCGCAUCGGCACACUGAUCUUCGACACUACUGCUGCCAUCUCAAACGAGGAACGACUGGCAUUCGAUGGCCUUCGCGGAGAGGUCGUCGCUCAUACCACCUCUCUCAGGCGUAACGCAAGGAUCAUCGACGAAUUGGACGUCACUCUCGGUUUUGCCAAUUUAGCGGUGGACCUGAACCUCGUGCGACCAGCCUUCUGCGACGACCCGGCCUAUCACGUCGUGAACGCCCGUCAUCCUACCGUCGAAAUUGGGCUACUCGAGGCCGGACGCGUAUUCAUCCCGAACACCAUCGACAUGCGCUCUGGGUCGCGCGUGCAGAUAAUAACCGGUCCCAAUAUGGGCGGUAAAUCGACGCUUCUGCGCAGCGUCGCCAUCAUCGCGAUCCUGGCUCAGACGGGCUCCUUCGUCCCCGCCGACGAGGCGACGCUGGGAGUCGUCGACAGGGUGCUGUCCCGGGUGGGUGCCAAGGACGACCUGUUCCGUGACAGGAGCACUUUCAUGGUGGAGAUGCUCGAGACUGCCGAAAUCCUCCGCCGGGCUACUCCCCGCAGUCUUGUGAUUAUGGACGAGGUCGGACGAGGAACGACUACCAAGGACGGGCUUGCGAUCGCCUUCAGCACCCUGCAUCACCUGCAUGACGUGAACGGCUGUCGCGCUCUGUUCGCCACCCAUUUUCAUGAGCUAGCGGACAUGGUCGGCUACAGCGAAGACGGAGAGAAACAACCCACUCUGCCGGACGUCGCUUUCUUCUGCACAGACGUCGACGAAACUGAGGAUGGGCUGAUCUCGUACUCACACCGCCUGCGGCCGGGCGUCAAUCGCGACAGUCACGGCCUCAAAGUCGCCCGUUUAGCGGGCAUGCCGCCUUCGGCGAUGAGCAUUGCGGAACAGGCUCUGCUGCAGCUAAGGAGCACCGGAGACUCUGCCCUCUCAACGCAACAUCAACUUCGAGAGAUCGGGCGUGCGCUCGCACUGCCGCCGUAGCGCCGUGUGUGAUACCCGGCCAUGGGGCGAUCGCCGAUAUAGGCCUACACCACGCCGAGCCACACGCGCUGGGCCAUACCCCGUAGGCCGGUGAUGGAAGGAGC